GUUGAAACCUUAAAGGCCCGCAGUGAUGUUUAUCUGUCAUCCAACCUGUUCAUAACGUCGGGUAGACGUGUUGAAGGCUCAGCUUGAUCGAAAGCUUCGGAGGCCUCAAGAAGAUUUCAACUUCAAUCAUCACUGUUUCCUGUGGUGUGGUCCACUUGAGUUUUGGAUAUGCUUCAAUUUUGGACUUGUGCACUAAUAUGAUCUGGGAAAAUGGAUGGACGGCGUGGAUAAAACACAUACAUCAUGGCGGGCUCCAGAGAGUCCUGCCAUCAGCAGGUCCGUCCUUCCGGUGGUGGCAACGUGUCACCACGCAAUCCGCUUACGUCGUGGACGGCGCAAUUUAGCCGUUUACAAUAUAAUAAUGCUAACAUAAGCGGCAGUGCGACGUAAACCUCUCUCCCCCCUUGGGAGUCCCGCAGGGACUCAUCACCAUGAUCUCAGCUCUAAGAAGGAUUCCAAAGCCGCUCCUUUGGUAAAUCCUCCCUCGAAAAAGCUCAUGGAUUCAAGCUGCGGAAUCCGACGGCUGCAAAACCUAGCUCAACAGCUCCGUUCCUACAAACCUCCCCUUCCACAAGACAACGACACCAAAGAAGAAGAAGUAAAGAAGGGAGCAGAAAACCUGGGUUUUUCAGAACCUACGGACUUGUUUCGUCGUCGCCUAUCGAAUUUCGGAUCGAAAAGAGCUGCUGUUCUAGUCUGUCUAUUCGAGGGCGACGCCGGCGAUCUGCGCGUCAUCCUCACCAAGCGCGCUCCGAAGCUCUCUAGUCAUGCAGGGGAAGUGUCGUUGCCGGGAGGGAAGGUGGACAAAAGCGAUGCCGACGAAUGCGAGACAGCGUUGAGAGAGGCGAAGGAAGAGAUUGGAUUGGAUCCGUUGACUGUCAAGGUCGUCACCGUUCUUGAACCGUUCUUUACCAUGCAAUUCACAAGAGUCAUUCCUGUAGUCGGCAUGCUUUUUAAUAAACGAGCAUUCGAGCCGGUCAUAAAUUCCACUGAGGUGGAAGCUGUAUUCGACGUGCCCUUGGAGAUGUUUCUCAAGGAUGAGAAUCAUUGGACAGAGGAGGUGAAAUGGAUGGGCGUCGUCUACCAUCUUCCUUACUUUCGUUUUCAAGCAGAAAAUAAGAAAUACGUGAUAUGGGGUUUAACAGCCGGAAUCUUGACCCGUGUUGCAUCGGUGGUAUACCAGCGGCCGCCGCCUUUCGAUGAGCAGAGGUCAGGUUUCAAGAUUCGUAACUUGUAGUAAUGAAGGGAGAAUCUGUUGCAGCGAACUCAACUACUGUUUGAGUGCCAUCUUCAAAGCAUCUCAAUGUGAAAUUUAAUUGCUUGUUCUAAUACUGUGAAAAUUCAUGCACCAUAUCUAAUGUAAUGGGGAAAAAAAUCAACUUAUGGCCUGUUUGGGAGCGUGGA